UGAGCGCUCUGCUGUGGAAUGGAGCAGCACUGUGUUUUUUUGUGCCCCCUCUGUGUGUGUGCUUGUCUGCUAACGAUGAUGUGAACAACACAACGCGAUUGCAGCCCCCUUGUUGUAACGAGCAGGAAAACAAGGAAGCGAUCCCGAUUGGGACUUGGAGGCGCGAAUGAACAGGACUGGAGGUUUCUCUUUGGACCAGACUCUGAAGAAGUCUGGAGAUCAAGCCCAAAAGUGCCAAAUGCCCAGACUAGAGGACCACUGCUGGAGCUGCUCCUGUGCACCAAGGGUUGAGACCAAGCAUCCAUCUGGAGCGAAGUGGUUUGCAUCCAAAGCUGAAGAAAUGAUGUCCAUCAUCACCUCGGUGCUCAGCAAUGCAUACGGCUCCCUGCACGACGUCCGGACGGCCAACCUGAUCCGGCGGGGUCUCGUCCUCUUCACCGUCGGAGCGUUCCUCGCCUUGGUGCUCAACUUGCUGCAGAUACAAAGAAAUGUCACACUGUUUCCCGAGGAGGUGAUGACAACUUUGUUCUCGUCCGCCUGGUGGAUCCCACCAUGCUGCGGCACAGGAGCCGCUGUUGUCGGCUUGCUGUACCCCUGCCUCGACAGUCAUUUGGGAGAGCCGCACAAGUUCAAGAGGGAGUGGGCCAGCGUCAUGAGGUGCAUCGCGGUGUUUGUCGGUAUCAACCACGCCAGUGCUAAACUAGACUUCGACAACAACGUGCAGCUCUCCCUAACGCUCGCAGCCCUGUCCUUGGGCCUGUGGUGGACAUUCGACCGGUCCAGGAGUGGCUUUGGUUUGGGCAUCACCACCGCCUUCCUGGCUACUGUGUUCACACAGCUGCUGGUCUACAAUGGAGUCUACCAGUAUACGUCUCCGGACUUCUUGUAUGUACGCUCCUGGCUGCCGUGCAUAUUCUUCUCAGGCGGUGUUACCGUGGGAAACAUCGGACGGCAACUUGCUAUGGGUGGUGUCGAGAAACCCCACAUGGACUGAACGGCGGAAACACAGGAAGACGGGCGAAGGAUGGCCGAUGUAAAAAUGGACAAGUUACGUGAAGGACGAGAAGAAUAACAGGAGAAAAAAAAAGACUCAUUGUUUUGGCUUCAUCCUUUGUUCUUGUAACAGUGCGGGUCAGAAAAGCCCCUCAUCUAACGUGCCAUGUCCUCUACACCUCCAUGUGGCCAAACGACCUCUCCCUCCGACCUCUGUUGUACUCCAUUAGCAUUAAGGCUUCCUUCACACUAGAGUGGAGGAUGGUGUUUGCCUUUUUCUUGUUGUUUUGAAGUGAACUGUUGACUGGUUUUAUUUUCACGCUGGAAGUACGUAUUUUUCAGCAGUUUAUGGAGUGGAAGCGUGCGUGUGUGUGCUUUAGCGUGGCUGUAACCUGGUCUUAGCAGAGAAGACAUGAGGGGGCUGCUAUAAUGUUUUUUGUUUUUUUUUUUUUAAGCCUGAAUUUAACAUAACCAUAAAAGGGAAAUGUAGUAUGAGUGGGCAAAAAAAUGUCUUCACUCUUACGUAGAAAUGUAUUCAGCGGCCACAGCUGCAUCACUGAGGCACAGGGGAGAUGUAUGUUCCCAGUUAAACCAAAUGAAGUAUUUAUUUUGAAUGACCCCGAACCAAAUAUUUCAUAUUGAAUGACUUCAAAUUCAGGAAGGAGUAGUUUGAUAUUUGGGGGAAUAUUUGGGAAAUUGCUUCCUUGCUGAGAGUUAGACACCACUCUCAUCCCUGUAGGGUAAAUAUAGAGCUAAAGCUAGCAGCUGGUUAGCUUAGCUUAGUACAAAGACUGGAAACAGGGAAACAGCUAUGCUAAAGGAGACAAGAUCCACCUAUCUGCAUCUCUGAAGCUCGCAAAUUAGCAUCUUAUACCUUCUUCAUUUAAUUUGAACUUAAAUUGCUGCGCUAAUUGGCUACAGUUGCUAGCUACAUAUUUACCGUAUGGACAUGGUGAGCAGUAUUGAUCAUCUAAUUUAAGUUGAACUAUUCCUUUAAAGUGACUGUGAAAUAGAUGUUGACACUAGUCCCAUACUGUAACAAAUACAGGUCAUUAAAUCAAAUUCAGUAAAUUUAUAGCUAAAGACAGCAGCCGGUUAGCUUAGCACAAAGGCUUGAGACAGGGGCAACAGCUAGCCUGGCUGUGCUGAUGGCAACCAAAUCCGCCUACAAGCGCUUCGAAAGCUCACUAAUCAAUACAUUAUACCUUGUUUGUUGUAUUCAAACUUCAAACUUAAGCUAACUGCUGCUGGUGCUAGCUACAUAUUUACCAAACAGACACAGGUGGUGUCAAUCUUCUCAUUUAAGUUGAUCUACUUCCCUAAAGUGACGGUGAAACAUAUUCCAGAGGAUAGUGGAUGGAAUGAAGAGAGACAGGAAAUAUGUACAGAAGUGCCAACUACCAAUUUGUACUGGCUGAUGUUCACUUCUAAAUAUGCUGAUUUACUUCAGUGUUCAGAAAUUUGGAGCAGAAAAUGCAAAUUAUUUAGGUUCCUCAGUGGGAAUUAGUCAUAUUUACCUGUGGAUGGUAUCAUAUUCGCAGCUUUCUGCUAGCACAAAAUCACAUUGUAGCCUACUUGUUGGAAAACUACGCAGAGACCUUCAGUGUGUUGUUUUGUCCGUUUCGGACAAACAAAGCAUUGUUUUGCAAAGAGGACGAGAAGUAAGACGUCAAAGCAUUAGCCUGGACUGAAAGAUGUGCACUUUUUUUUUUUUAAUCAGCAGAGUGAUGAAAGCCACCAUGGUGGUCCCUGUUUUGAAAGAAUGUACCCAGAGUUGACUACAACAACUUUUGCCAGCAUUUGUGGUUCAUGUCAAACCAGUUUCUGACACUUUCCACCGAUGAUUUUUCCUUUAUGUAUUCCUUUACCUGUGUUUCCCAUCAAACAUUUUACAGUGCGAUCGUACACAUUUCCCACUUCCAGUUGUAUUUUCAAGCUAAUGCUAACUGUUUGGGAACAUACAGCGGUUGAAGGAGAGGGCAGGACAUUAUUACUUAAGAUUUGCAAUCUGUGAUUGCCUGUGUAUUAUAGAAUGUAGUGCUUUUGUCACUAUAACAGUUUAGUUUUAUCAUUUGUACAAACAUAAUGACAUUAUUGCUUGUAUGUAUAAUGGCUUGCCUAUGUAAUCAGACAGGUAUUAUUACCAUACUAGACCUACAGUAUGUUAGUUAGUGUUUGGGGGUCUAGAGGAUUAAGUGCAAUCAGAGUAUACAUGAGCCGAUUAUUCUUCCUUAUUUAUUAUUAUUUCUGACAGUGGCUAAAAAAAGUAUAACUUGUAAGUAUAUGCAGUGUGGAUACUUCAAAAAAGCAAUAACAUCUUUGUUUUUUUUGUGAACAAGAUUUUUUUUUUGUCAGAGAUUACAUGCCUUUUAGAGUCAACACCAAUGACUCUCACCAGAGAGACAACAUAAAAAAUAUAUUGUGUCAAACCGUUGUAAAAAAUCUCAUUUAGUAGCAUUAUCGAAGGAAACCUGAUUUAUUUUUUUAAAUACUUUCUUGUGGCAGAUCACUUCAGGUUGGAUCUGCUGACAUUCAGGUGUGCUAAACUGAAGAGGAAGCUUUAUUUUUUUGAGGUGGUGAAGCACCUUCUGUUUCGAUGUUUCAGAGUUUCUGUGUGUGUCUGAUAUUUCAGCUGUGUAUCGUUUUUGCUACCAUGGAUUUAAGUGAAAAAUAAAAACACCUGACCAAG